UGGUGGGGAUGGCGGGACCGGGACGUGCCGCUCCUACGGCGGAGUCGAGUGCAGACGGCUGGCCGCUGCGCGAGUCCCGCCGAAUCCCCGCGCCCCUGCGGCCUGGGCAGGUGGACGCGACCCGGGUGGGGGCAUUGCCUGGGGAGUCCCCCAUGGAAACCAGAAAAGGGAGCUGCCGCCGCCAGAUCCCUGGACCCUCAGCUCUGAUCAGGUUCCUGGGGGAUGGGCCCCAACAAGUAGAUCGGAUAGAACUCUGGCUUAUUUCAGGGUUCUUGAACCCUGGGGCGGUUUUUGGCUUUUAGGGUUUGUUCGCUCACCCCUCCCCCCAGUUUAAACUUUGUUUUUAUUCAUUUUUGGCAGCCUAACUUGUUUGGCAGUGUUUUCCUAGAGUGAAUCCGAAAGUGAUUUAGCUGUUUUCUUUGGAGUAAUUUUGCCCGCUUGCUAAGUUAGUUCUCUUUUCUCUAAAAUUUCAAGUCACUUCUGGCUAAUGAUACUAUAUUCCUUUUCAGCCGCGUUUUUUGGGAGGGAGAGAUUGGGAGUAGGUAAUGCUUCUUUUACGUGUAAGCAACUCGGAGAACUCUUUUUUUCAUAAAGGAAACAAAACUUCCAUUAGGAAGAAAAGAGUUUAGGGUUGGCUGCAGUGGGUUGGGUCCUUGAAAAAGGACACCAAUUCUUCAUAUGGUGAUUUUCAUGUAGAAAUACCAAAUGCAUAUGUAUGGAACAUGUGUGUCAUAUCUCACUAAUUUAGCAUCUCCUUUAAUCCCACGUGGCUAUGUCCUUUACUCUGUUAAUGCAAUCAGAUGGUCACAAUCUUUGUUCACAAACAGCUGGCUGGAAAGUGUUGUAGGGGAAGAAACGUCACAAAGUUUAGUAAAACAAAAAGAAAGUUUUAUUUGGCAUAUAUUCAAAAAGGCAAAAGUGGGAAGUGGACAAACAUGCAGCCAGAGCUAGUGUCUGCCCAAAUCCAAGGAAAUAUUACAGAAUAAACAAGAACGGGAAAAUGGACAAGCAUGCUGCCACGGCCAUGUCUGCCUGAGUCCAGAGAACAUUACAGAGUCAUCAGUAUAUAUUAACACUGCAAAUGCGCAAAACUAUUGAAAGCUUCACCUUUUAACAGAUUGGCUAGGAACUGUGAUCUUACAUUUUGAAUCGUUUUUCUUAACGAUCAUUGGUGCAGGUUUCAGUAACCCACAGUUAGGAGGGUCUUCAUUGGUCCAAAAAAUUUUCUAUUCACUAAAUGUUAAUAGAAAGAGAGGUAAGAGUGGAAAGUCUUUUUUGUUCUGUUUGAUUGGCUUUAUGUGAAAAGUUCCCUAAAGGAUAUUUUUCUUCCGUAAAAGAUAAUUUCUAAGAUUGUCCCAUCUAUUGUCUUUAUCUCAGGGCCCAGUUGAUAUGUCCUUGUGAGUCCUUGUGGGCCCACCUUCAGCUGGGUCACAUUUUCUUUGCUCAAGGAUAGGGAAUAAUGACUCCAAUAUUAUUUCUUAAAUCAAAGGUCACCGGCCCUGUGACUAGAGGUGUGCUUGCCGCAUACGCCUUUGGUUUUGGUGUUCACAUCCUUGAGUGCCUGGGCUGCAUCAGAUUCUCUCUGGCUUCCCUCUCUGCCAGGUGUGCAGUGAGUGGAGAUUUCGAACCUGGUCCGGCCUGAUGAGGAUGGGAGUGCAGGCAGAGAGGCCUCACAGCUUCUUUCUCCAUUCCAGGUGACUCUUAGCACUCUGCCCUUCUCCAAGAGGGCCAGGGGGAGGGAGAAAUGGCCACAAGGUUGCUGCCAGCCCAGGCACAGGGAUACAAAGAAGAAAGGCACCAUCUCUGCCCUCCAGGAACUGAGGACCAUCAGUGUAAGGGAAUACAUGGAGUUUGUGAUGUUCAGGGAUGUGGCCGUAUUCUUCAGCCAGGAGGAGUGGGGACAGCUGGACACUGCUCAGAGGGCCCUGUACCGGGAAGUGAUGCUGGAGAACUACAGCAACCUGGUCUCACUGGGGAUUCCGUUUUCCAAACCAAAGGUCAUUUCCCAGUUACAGCAAGGGGAAGACCCCUGGAUGGUGGACAAAGGAGUUCCUCAAGGUGCCUGUCAAGGAUGGAAGAGCUUCCUGGAAACCACAGUUUCUGAAGGAGAAACUCAGGAAGUGAUAAUGAAAAAGCUCAUAGAUGGAGGUCCUUUUAACUUCAAGUUGGGAAAAACCUACAUAUAUGAGGGCAAGUUAGAGAAGCAACAAGGCAAAAAUAAACCUUUCAGAAAAGUUUUAGUUACCUUCAAGAAAACGUAUGUGAAGGAGAGAAGCUUUAAAGGUACUGAAUUUGGGAAAAAUCUUGGUCUGAAGUCACCACUUAUUAGAACACCCAGAAUCAUAUCCAGAGGACGGAAACCCUAUUCACAACAGUAUUCAACUGUACUUAAACAACUGGGAAUCAGCACAUGGCGUAAAUGUUAUAAAUGUAAUGUCUGUGGGAAAGUCUUCCUUCAUAGUUCUUCCCUCAGUAAGCACCAGAGAAUCCAUACUGGAGAGAAGCUCUAUAAAUGUAAGGAGUGUAGGAAAGCUUUCAGCCAAAGCUCAUCCCUAACUCAGCACCUAAGAGUUCAUACUGGAGAAAAACCUUACAUAUGUAAUGAAUGUGGGAAAGCCUUCAGUUUCACCACAUCUCUCAUUGGACAUCAAAGAAUGCAUACUGGAGAGAGGCCCUAUAAAUGCAAAGACUGUGGAAAAACCUUUAAAGGUAGUUCAUCCCUCAAUAAUCACCAGCGAAUUCAUACUGGAGAAAAACCCUAUAAGUGUAAUGAAUGUGGGAGAGCCUUUAGUCAAUGCUCAUCUCUUAUUCAGCAUCAUAGAAUCCAUACUGGAGAGAAACCAUAUGAAUGUAGUCAGUGUGGAAAAGCCUUUACUUCAAUAUCGCGGUUAAGUAGACACCACAGAAUUCACACUGGAGAGAAACCCUUUAAUUGUAGUGAGUGUGGAAAAGUCUUUAGUUACCACUCGGCCCUAAUUAUACAUCGGAGAACUCACACUGGUGAGAGACCUUAUGCAUGUAAAGAAUGUGGGAAAGCCUUCAGCCAAAGCUCAGCUCUUAUACAGCAUCAGAGAAUUCACACUGGAGAAAAGCCUUACAAAUGCAAUGAAUGUGGGAAGGCCUUCUCCUGGAUUUCACGGCUUAAUAUACAUCACAGAAUUCAUACUGGAGAGAAACCUUACAAUUGUAAAGAAUGUGGAAAAGCUUUCAGCUCCCACUCAGCAGUUAAUACUCAUCGGAAAAUUCAUAGUGGAGAGAAACCUUACAAAUGUAAUGACUGUGAAAAAGCCUUCAACCAAAGCUCAGCUCUAAUUCAGCACCAGAGAAUUCAUACUGGAGAGAAACCAUUUAACUGUAAAGUAUGUGGGAAAGCCUUCAGACAAAGUUCAUCUCUUAUGACACAUAUGAGAAUUCAUACUGGAGAAAAGCCUUAUAAAUGUAGACAAUGUGGAAAAGCAUUUAGUCAGAGUUCAUCCCUUACUAAUCAUCAGAGGACUCAUACUGGAGACAAACUGUGAAAACAGAAUGCAUGUGGAAAAUCUUCCAACUGAAGUUCAUUCCAUAUUGAAUUUUAUAGAAUUCAUCCUAGGGAAAAGUGAUAAAUUGUCAUUAAUUGUGGGGAAAACAUCAGAAUUUAGAUCUCAUCAGAUAUCAGAGACUUUGUAAUGCAGGGUAACUGGGAAAAUUAAGAUAGCCUCUAGAAAUUUUUUUUUGUAUGUCCUGAAGUUAUUAGAUGAUUGCCAGAAGAACAAACAAAACUGUCUCGGAGGAAGUACAGCCAGGAUGUUCCUUAGAAGCGAGGAUGGCAAGACUUUGUUUUACGUACUUUGGACAUGUUAUAAGAAUGAACCAGUACCUGGAGAAAGACGUCAUGCUUGGUAGAGGGUCAGUGAAAAAGAGGAAGACCUUCAAUGAGAUGAAUUGACACAGUGGCUGCAAAAAUGGGCUCAAACAUAGCAAGGAUUGUGAAGAUGGUGCAGGACCAGGCAGUAUUUUGUUCUGUAAUACAUAGGGUCACUAUGAGUUGGAACUGACUCAGUGGCACCUAACAGAGUUAUUAGUGACUAUGAUAUUGAGUAAAUAUUAUAUUAUUACAUAUUAUUUAUUUGGAUCCAAGAUCAAUGCCCAUGGAAGCAGCAGUCAAGAAAUCAAACAAUGCAUUACACUGGGCAAAUCUGCAAAGCACCUUUAAAGUGUUAAAAACCAGAGAUGUCACUUUAAGGACUAAGGUGGUCCUGACCUAAACCAUGGCAUUUUCAAUCCUCUUAUAUGUGUGUAAAAGCUGGACAGUGAAUAAGGAAGACUGAAUAAUUGACACCCUUGAAUUAUGGUACUGGCGAAGAAUAUUGAGUAUUGUAUGGGCUGCCAAAAGAAUGAACAAAUAUGUCUUCUAACAAGUGCAGCCAGAAUACUCCUUAAUAGCAAGGAUGGUGAGACUUUGUCUCACAUACUUUGGGCAUGUUAUCAGGAGGGAUCAGUCCCUGGAGAAGGACAUCAUGCUUGGUAAAUUACAGGGUCAGUGAAGAAGAGGAAGACCUUCAAUGAGAUGGAUUGACACAGUGGCUGCAACAAUGGGCUCAAACAUAACACCAAUUAUAUGGAUGGCACAGGGCUGGGAAGUGUUUUGUUCUGUUGUACAUGGGGUCGCUAUGAGUCAGAACCAACUCAAUGGCACUUAGAAAAACAACAAAAUAUUAAGAAUUUGUAAGAUCAAGGUGUUGUAUUUAUUUUCUUCCUAGUGAUAUAUGGUAACAGCCAACAAUGUAUACAGACAUCACUGGGAAGCAUGCUGGUUUAUUUAAAAGUGCAGCCAUAAAAUCCAGACCAGAUAAAUCUAGGAAUCUAUUUUUUAAAACUGAAUUUAAGUGUUAUGCAAGCCAGUUGUACUUAAAAGAAUAUUUUAGAGAAAUGUAUGCGGGUGACCUGUAGCUACCUCACUGUUAGUAAAAUUUGCUUUUUUCAUAGUCUGAAAGCAAAUUAUGCAUUUGCUUGUUAAAAUUUUGGGGUUGUUUCUGUUUUCUAAGCUGUUCACCUGAAAAGAAAUUCACUCUGUAAAGUAUACAAAUUUACAGUCCUGUGAAUUUUCUGAACUCUCUGUUCCAAACUUUGAAUCAGAUCUAAAGUCACUUUAUUUUCAAUCACAAAAUGCAUGGUAUUUCACUUCUUUUUUUCAUAAAGUGAUCACCUUUUCUAUAUUAAACUGAGAAAGUUUAUUCAGACAACUACUGUUUUUGUAAUUUCAUUUACUGAUAAAUGGCAUUAAAAAAUAUCUCACAGUUUAGCAACAGGGAGCUCAACUCUUGCUCCCAUGCAGUGUGUAUUGCUUUGAGUUUGUUACCAGUCACCAAGAAGGCCUAGGAACAGUAUGAGACUCAGGUUGUCCUUCCUGUGGGUAAAGUGAGUCAGGUGAUUGUCUUAGUCAUCGAGUGCUGCUAUAACAGAAAUACCACAAGUGGAGAACUAUAACAAAGAAAUUUAUUUCCUCACAGUAAAGUAGACUAAAAGUCCAAAUUCAGGGUGUCAGCUCCAGGGGAAGGCUUUCUUUCUCUGUCAGCUCUGGAGGAAGGUCCUUGUGCUCAAUCUUACCAUGGUGGAGGAGCUUCUCAGGUGCAGGGACCCCCGGUCCAAAGGAUGUGCUCUGCUCGCAGUGCAGCAUUCGUGGUGGUAUGAGGUCCCCAACUCUCUGCUUGUUUUCCUUUCUUCUCUUGAGAGAUAAAAGGUGGUGCAGGCCACACCUCAGGAAAACUCCCCUUACAUUGGAUCAGGGAGGUGACCUGAGUAAGGGUGGUGUUACAAUCCCACCCUAAUCUUCUUUAGCAUAAAAUCACAAUCACAAAAUGGAGGACAGUCACAAUUCUGGGAGUCAUGGCCCAGCCAAAUUGAUAAACACAGUUUUUGGGGGACAUAAUUCAAUCCAUGACUGAUGUUUACCCUUCCAUUUCAUCUUCACCUCUAUUAGAUGACACUCCUUCCCUCUGCACAUUCUGAGGGCCACUAGGCAAAAACUCAGGCUCUGGGUUCACAGGUCUGAGUGAGUUUAAAUGCUUUCUCCUCCAAAAACAGAUUAUUAUAUCCUUCAACAAGUUAUUCUGGCAUUUCUAAAAUGCGACUAAUAAUACGAGUACACUAAAUAAAACAGUCAUCUCAAAAAUCAAACUAAACUUAUUGAGCAUUAAAAAGCCUAACCUCAUCUAAUUUUCACCAGCUUAUCAGGAGUAAGCAAACAGUGGCUGAAAUGCCCGUUCCAUAAAACAAAGCAUUAGUGUCUCCCCCUGUGCCCACAAGAUUAAAGAAAAGGAAACAAAAAAAUUCCAGAAAAGAUGUUGAAGGCUAAGCAAAGCAAAAAUCAUUGAAUUCAGCUUUUUCCUCCCAGUACUAGUCAGUCUCAUUGUUUCAGACUUGUGAGUAGCAAAUUUUUCUGGGUCACUUAAUGCUCCUUUCUCCAUAACCAUUCUUCUAAGCUUUUCUAUCUCUAGUCUCUAAGAAGGGUAAAUUUCUAGGAAAAUAUAACUUCCCCAACAUACGAAAAUCAUCAGUAGUUCUUAAAUCAUCAAAAAGAAUUUAUCUGAUGAUAUGGAAUGAAUCGUGUCAUCCAUAACUAUGUGCUGUAAAACCCCUAUUCCUGUGGUUAUAAUCCCAUUUGGGAAUGGGUUGUCUUUGUUGUGUUAAUGAGGCAGGAUUCAUGUAGGGUAUAUCUUGAGUCAGUCUCUUUUGAGAUAUGAAAGUGAUUGAACACAAGCUAGCAAGGACAGGGGUAGGAGGGAAGACACAUGCCAAACCACAUGAAGAUCACUCAGGAGCAGAAGCUCAAAAGACAAGGACUUUCCUCCAGAGUUGACAAGGAAAAAUUUCCCCUAGAGCCUGCACCCUGAAUUUGGACUUCUAGUCUCCUAAAGUGUAAGAAAAUACAUUUCUGUUAAAGCCAUCCACUUGUGGUGUUUCUCUAACAGCAGCACUAGAUAACUAAGAAUUUGGUACUGGAAGAGUACUGCUCUAACAGAUAGAUAAAACGUGGAAGUGGUUUUGGAAUUGGGUAAUGGGCAGAGGCUGGAAGAAUUUGAAGGUGCCUGAUAGUAAAAACCUAGAUUGCCUUGAAGAGACUGUUGGUAGUAUUAUGGAUAAAAAUGGCAAUUCUGGUGAGGACUCAGAAGUGAGGAGUGCUAUAGGGAAAGUUGCUUUUGCCUUAGAGAAUAUAUAUGGUGCCAGCACCGGAAUGUUGCUAGAAAUAUGGAUGUUAAAUGUGGUUCUUCUGAGGCUUUAAAAGAAAAUGAUAAAUGUGAUUGGACAAUGGAGAAAGGAUGAUGCUUUUUCUGCAGUGGCCAAAAAAAAACUUGUCUGAAUCAUGUUCAAAUGUUUGAUGGAAGGUACAACUUUUAAGUGAUGAACUUGAGUUUCAGCCUAUUGAGAUUUCUAAGCAAGAUCUUAAAGGGCCGUGUGGUUUCUCCUUACCACUUACAGUGAAAUGGGAGAGGAAGGAGAUGGACUUAAAAAUGAACUGUACAAAAUGAAAACAGAACUUAAAAGAUUUGGGAAAUUCUGUUAUACAAACUAAGGACAUGUGUCCUAGAAUGUUCACCAAGGACAUGGCUACACAAUCUUUUGUUAAAGUGAUUAAGCCUGUGACUGAUGGAUCUAACCAGCUACCAUAGCAGAAAACCCAUCAGCUUAGACUGAAUGAGACAGAAAGAACAAAGGGAAGAACGCUGUUUUCCUCUUGGAAUUCUUAUAGGGAGGAAACAGGCAAAUGAGCUACAUCUGCUGUCCCCCAAGAAAAGAAAAGGGAUCAUCCCUGGAGCAGCUCUGAGAUCAGCAGACCUGUUGGAAGGAGCAUGGGAAGCAAGACCUCAGUUUCAAAGGCUGUGGCCAUGAUCCCCUGGAGCUCAAAGGUUUGGGCCACAGCUUCCUAGGUUUCAAAGAGUUGGAUCUUCACCAGUUUGGCUCUGGAAUGUGGGGCUGCUGUUAAGGUAUGCCAGGUUGAUGAGGUCACCACCCAAACUGAGGGGGUGGGGCUGCCAUGGCCAAGAGGCAGAAGAGCAGGACCUGUCAGGGCCAAGGGAGUGGGGUCACCACUCAGAUGGACUAGGAGAAUGGGGCUGCCUAAAGUUGAGGAAGCAGAGUUGGAGUCUCAGAGAGCCUGGACGUUGGAGCUGAAGCCCAGGGUCGAGGAGCAUCCACCCAGAAUCCAGAUGUCUAGAGGGCAACACCGAGUCUAGAGGGCAGGACCAUUGACCAGGUGGUCUAAAAAAACAGGGUUAUUUUUAAACCUUGAGAGUUAAUGUAAAUUGUUCUUCUGGGUUUUGGACUUGCUUGGUGCCUGUUAUCCCUUCUUUCCCACCAAUUCCUCCCAUUUGUAAUAGAAAUGUCUACUUUGUACCUGGUACACCAUUGUACUUUGGAAACAAUAACUUGUAACCUAGAUUUCACAGGUUCAUGGGUGAAAAGGAAAUUUGCUCCAGGAUGAAAUAUGUCUAAAGUCUCACCUGCAUUUGAUGUAAGUGAUUCAGAAGAUGAGGUUUUGGACUUGGAGGUGAGGUAAAACUUUUGGAUGAUGAGAUGGGGUGAAUGUGUUUUGCAUGUGGCAAGGACAUGAAUUUGGGGGGGGGGCAAUGGUGGAAUGAUAUGGAUUGAAUUGUGUCCCCAAAGUAUGUGUUGUAAAUCCUAACCUCUAUGCCUGUGGUUAAAAUCCCAUUUGGGAAUAGGUUGUCUUUGUUGUGUUAAUGAGGCAGAAUUAGUGUAGGGUGUAUCUAGAGUCAAUUUCUUGACAUAUAAAACAGAUUAAAUGCAAGGAGACACAUGUCAAAUCACAUGAAGAUCACCCAUCAGCAGAUCAAAGAGACACGGAUAUUCCUCCAGUGCUGACAGAGAAAGCCUUCCCUUAGAGCCAUCACCCUGAAUUGAGACUUGUAGCCUCCUAAACUGUGAGAAAAUAAAUUUCUGUUUGUUAAAGCCACCCAUUUGUGGUAUUUCUGUUAUAACAGUUAAAAUCCCACAAAGUAAACUUUAGGUUCAGUUAUUUUUAAGGCAGGAACUAUCAAACUUUAAGGAAGCAUGUCAUUGAAGUCUUAUGCAAAAUCUUCCAGAGAAGACACUUAUAAGCACAAUAAUCUUAUUAUAACCUAGUAGCAAAAUCAGAGAAGAAAUGUACAAGAAAGGAAAAUUGCAGAUCAGUAUCAUUCCUGAACAGAGAUGUAAAAGUCCCUAAAGAAAGCAUUAGAAAAUGUAAAAAUCUGAAAGUGCCUAAGCAUCAUAAUAAAUAUAGAGAGAACGCAUGACUGAUUUAACAUUAGAAAACAUGUAAAUCAAUCACCGCUUUAAUAGAUUAAAGGAUGAAAAUCCAUAUGUUUAUCUCAAAACUGCAAAAACAACCAGAAUAUGCAAUAUUCAUUCAUGGUUUAAAAAAAAAAAACUUUUAUUAGUCAACAAGCAGUAGAAAGGAAUUUCCUUAACCUCCUAAAGGGAUUUAGGUAUCGUACCAAAAAUUCUACAGAAUAAAAUGUUAGAAACACUCGUGACAGGAGUAUGGGUAAAGAGGGAACUAUUGAAUAAUGGUUCUGAGACAUAGAAAUGGUUCAUUCACACAGAAAAAAAUGUACCCAGCCCUCACCAAAACAAAACUAUAAGAGGUAAAACUAUAAUAUUUAGAAUAUAUAAGGAAUAACUUUAUGACAAGGUAGGGAAGAAAUAUACAAAUAAGCUAUAUUUCUUUAUACACUUGCUCACAUUAAAUAACUUGCUUAUCAAAAUAUACCAAAAAAAGAAGUGAAAAAGCAAGACAGAAACUAGGAUGUAUUUCCACAGUAUGCCCAAUGAAAGAAAGAUCCAGAAAAUGUAAAUAAUUUGUAUGAAUAUGAAAGACACUCUAGUAGAAAAAGUAGUGUGAAGACAGUUAUUUCAGAGAGAAAAUACAGAUUUCCAAGAAUUUAUGAAAAGAUACUUAACCUAAUUUGUAGUUAAAAAACCAAACCUGUUACCAUCAAGUUGACUCUGACUCAUAGAAAUCCUAUAGGAGAGAGUAGAACUGCCCCAUAUGGUUUCCAAGGAGGAGCUGGUAGAUUUGAACUGCUGACAUUUUGAUUAGCAGCCAAGCUUUUAACCACUGUACUACCAGGGAUCCAAUUUGUAGUCAGAAAAAUGCAAAUCAGGAUCACAGUCAGGUAUGAUUUUACAGCUACUAAAUGAACAAAAGAUUUGUGACAAUAUUGAGUAUUGAAAUGUAUGUGAAGUAACUGCAAUUCAUAUUCUAGUGGGAGUAUUUGAUGCAGAUGAUUGAUAUUCAUAAAGUUGGACAUGUGCAUAUCAUAUGACAGAAUUCCACUCUUAUGUAUAUAUGCUAGAUAAAUGUUUGCAUAUGAGCACCAGUAGUCAUGUAUAAGGAUAUUCUUAGCAGAACUGAUCAUAGUAAAAAAUAAUUGGAAGUAGUAUUAAUAUGCACUGACAAGAGAAUGGAUAAAUUUUGGAAUAUUAACAGUAGGACAACAGUGAAAAUGAACCAAAGCUGUACAUCACAUGGAUGAUCUUGAGGACACAUUGUGAAGUUUUAAAAAGUCAUAGGAGACUACACGUAUCUUUUUUUUUCCACAAAGGUGUCUUAGUUAUCUAGUACUGCUAUAACAGAAAUACCACAAAUGGAUGGCUUUAAAAAAACAAGUUUAUUCUCUCAGUCUAGUAGGCUAGAAGUCUGAAUUCAUGGUACCAGCUCCAGGGAAAGGCUUUCUCUCUUUCUGGGCCCUGGAGGAAUGUCCUUGUCAUCAGUCUUCCCCUGGUUUAGGAGCUUCUCAGUGCAGGAACCUUGGAUCCAAAGGACACACUCUGCUCCUGGCAUUGUUUUCUUGGUGGUAUGAGGUCCCCUGUCUCUCUGCUUGUUUCUUUUAUAUCUCAAAAGAGAUUGACUCAAGAUACAACCUAAUCUUGUAGAUUGAGUCCUGCCUCAUUAACAUAGCUGCCUCUAAUCCUGCCUCAUUAACAUCACAGAGGCAGGAUUUACAACACAUAGGAAAAUCACAUCAGAUGACAAAAUGGUGGACAGUUACACCAUACUGGGAAUCAUGGCCUAACCAAGUUGACACACAUUUUUAGAAGACAGUUCAAUCCAUACCAAAGGUAAAUUUAAUACUAAAGUACAACCUUGAGUAUAUCCCACUUGAAUAUAGAGACCAUCUCAAGAAUAGAUUUGAUGCCUUGAACAGUAAUGACAGAAGACCAGAAGAGUUGUGGGAUGGUAUUGAGGACAUCAUACAUGAAAAAGGAAAAAGGUUGGUAAAAGGAAAGAAACGACCAAAAUGGAUGUCACAAGAGACUUUGAAACUUGCUCUUCAACAUAGAUUAGUUAAAGCGAAUGGAAGAAAUGAUGAAGUACAAGAGCUGAACAGAAGAUUUCAAAGGGCAACUCGAGAAGACAAAGCAUUACUAAAGAAAUGAGCAAAGACCUGGAGUUACAAAAUCAAAAGGGAAGAACAUAUUCAGCAUUUCUCAAGCUGAAAAAACUGAAAAGAAAAUUCAAGCCUCAGGUUGCAGUUUUGAAGGAUUCUAUGGGCAAAGCAUUGAACGACCAGGGAAGCAUUAAAAGAAGAUGGAAGGAAUACACUGAAUCACUGUACCAACCAUUUUAGGAGGCUGCACAUGAUCAAGAAUCGAUGGUAUUGAAGGAAGAAGUUCAAGCUGAACUGAGAGCAUUGGGGAAAAACAAGAUGCCAGGAAUUGAGAGAAUGCCAAUUGAGAUGUUUUCACAAAUGGAUGCAAUGCUGGAAGCACUCAUUUGUCUGUGCCAAGAAAUUCGGAAGAGAGCGACCUAGCCAACUAACUGGAAGAGGUCCAUAUUUGUGCCUAUUCCAAAGAAAGGUGACCCAAUGGAAUGUGGAAAUUAUGGAACUAUCAUUAAUGCCACACACAAGUAAAAUUUUGCUGAUGAUAAUUCAAAAAUGGUUGCAGUACUGUAUCAACAAGGAACUGCCAGAAAUUCAAGCUGCAUUCGGAAGACGAUGUGGAAGGAGAGAUACCAUUGCUGAUGUCAAAUGGAUCUUGGCCGAAAACAGAGGAUAGCAGAAAGAUGUCUGCCUGUGUUUCAUUGACUAUGCAAAGGCAUUCAACUGUGUGGAUCAUAAAAAAUUAUGGAUAAUAUUGCAGAGAAUGGGAAUUCUAGAACCCUUAAUUGUGCUCAUGAGGAACCUAUCCAUGGACCAAGAGGAAGUCAUUUCAACAGAAGGGAUACUACAUGGUUGAAAGUCAGGAAAGGUGUGUGUCAGGGUUGUAUCCUUUUACUAUACCUUCAGUGUGUAUGGUGAGCAAAUAAUCUAAGCUGGACUAUAUGAAAAAUGUGCCAUCAGAUUUGGGGGAAGACUUAUGCAGAUGACACAACUUUGCUUGCUGAAAUUGAAGAGGACUUGAAGCACUUAUGAAGAUCAAAGACCACAGCCUUCAAUAUGGAUUAAAACGGGAGCGGGGCCAAGAUGGGGGAGUAGUCAGAUGCUUUCGGUGGCCCCUCUUACAAGAGACAUAAAAAAACAAGUAAAUUGAUUAUAUAUAUGACAAGCUAGGAACCCUGAUCAUCAAAGGCAAAGUUAAGAAAUCGGACUGAAUGAUGGGGAGGGAGAGACGGUGCAGAAGCAGCAAGGAGUUGCCAAGUUGGUGGGAGUGCCUCAGCCCUGAUUCCCUGGUGUGACGGCAGCGGGGCUGGCAGUGGCAUUCAGGACGUGGUUGCUUCACUGAAAGCAGGCAAGUGAGGUGGCGUAGCCCUGACCCCCUGGCGCAACCACAGAGGCACUGAGCCAGCACAGAGAAUCUACGCAUGCCUCCAGAAUCUGAGAUAAAACAGCACUCUUGGCACAAGAUAAGUGAUUUUGUCUAAUUUACUGUGCAGAUCUAAUAGCUCCUUUUGAAAGAACUCUCUUAUCUAUCUGAUUCCUCCUCCCUCUGCCCAAGUUGGCUUCAGUAACAGUUGAUUUCCCUGGGCCUGAGACAGGCCCUGCUGCACUCCCUGAGCCAUUCUCCUGGCCCUGGAGAAGGAGCAAAUUAAUAAAUGGGGAAAAAAUACUCUGCUGACUCCCCUAAUCUGGAAACUCAGAGCAGAAGCAGCUCUUGUCCAGGCACAAGCAGUCCACAGGCUUUAUC